AUGAGUUUUCCAAUAAGGGCUAUCGUAAAACUCAGAAGAAUCCUUUUGAUAGGGUUGGUAAUUGCUGGUGCAUUCUAUGCAGUGAUGUUGAUGCCAAAAAUGCUGCGGCUAUUAAGAAAACUGAACCAGGAGGAUAUCGGUAAGGAAAUAAUUUUUAGUAGAAUUGCUUCUACCUUAAUAGUACCGCUUGACACUGGAAAAUACCUACAGCACCACGCGAGUUUAUUGGUCAAUUGUAGUCUAGCGUUCCCCAUCAAAGCCAUUUAUAAAACUGAACCAACGUCACGUUGUUUCAGUUUUAUGAAUGACUAACACAACAGCCGUUUGGGAAUUUACGCAGUCCUGCUUCCGUUUCACUUUAUAAAUUGGCUUACCAAGUGUAAUGGUCUGUUAUUACAAGGUGCUACAGCUUUUUUAUUACAAAGUGGGAUAAGUUUUAUUACUAAGUGCGCCAGGCGACAAUUAUAUUACAAAAUGCGACAGGUAUAACAAGGUCCGACAGCACUGUAUUGUGCAAUGCCUAUUACAAAGUGCGAUAGACGAAAAAGUAGACAAAAGCGAAGGGAACGUUUGUUGAUCGCUAAGUGUGAUUUUAACGACUUUUGUGUGAAGCUCAAAGCUAAUUGUCUUUAAGAUAAAUACCAAAUUAAAGGCAAAAGGACCGCUUUAACAACCAUGAUGGAUGUCUUCAAUUGCUAUUUAGGGGAGCUUAAAAUUUUAUAACUGUCUCUUAGUGAGAUGGUACCAACGGAGUUAGAACAAUGUCAACCUUAAUGAAUAAAUCGUUAAUUUCCACUAAAUUUGUAAAUACAGCCGGACCGUCUCAAAAACUAUUUCCCAAAAAAAUUAUUAUAAUUGUGAGGCUUAGUUUUUACCAACGGAGUUAAAACAAUGUGGCUAAUCUCAACCUUAAUGAAUAAAUCCUUAAUUUCCACUAAAUUUGUAAAUACAGCCGGACCGUCCCAAAAACUAUUAACUAAAAAAACGAUUAUUAUUGUGAGGCUUAGUUUUAUUCAGCUUAGUAAAUAUUACAUAUUGAUGCAUUUUCAGUUGCGAAUUAAACUCUUGAUCAGUAACAAGUGAUUUAUAUUCUUGUGAUGUAAAUUGCAGUAUUUUUCAUAGAUUUCCAGUCCUGAUAAAAGUCAUAAGAGCAAACGUGUAAAAUAACGAUAAUUUUUUUUACUCGUGUUCGCGCCACUCUGUCAGGUUAAUCAGUGAAUUAAUGGCAAAUCAUUCAACAUCCUCAAUCUAAGGUUCUCGAAUUAUGGCCGCUAACAAUACUGAAAGUUUGUAUAGCUUACAGACACUGACGUUCAAAAUUUACUAGAAGCGGAAAAAACCAAAAUACGAGAAGUUACUUGGCUUUGGUUAGAAUAUUUCUCGUGGCUGAGCUAAAAUCAGCAACCGGAAGAUUUGGCACCGGUCGACUUUGGCCGUGUAUCUGAGCAAAUUUCUUCUGAGGUACGGAAAAGUCUAUAACUAAGAAUUUGUGAAUUAUAAGUUACGCCCAUUUAUUUUUUGUAAUGAUUCAACGCAUUUUUUCAUCUUGAGCCUUGUUGCCUUCGCACUUUACGACUUUUUUUGGCGGAUUAUGAAUCCUUAUUCGUUUCAUGUCUUAAUAAAGUCGGCUUUCCUUUUCUUUUCAGCAAAGGCCUAUUGUGUACAUAAUAAACAAAAUAAUAGUGAUUGGUUGCUUGUAGUUACGAAAUUUCUCUCCUCGUGUUCAACUCAAUAUCUCACUCAUUUGUUGUGCUUACCUGUGAGAUAUCGAGUUAAAUACGAGAAGAGAAAUUCCAUAUCGAUGCGCGCCCGUGUAUCAUUCUCUGUUUCCUUAGACCAAAAAAAAUUGUGACAAAUGAAGCGAGUAGACACAACAAAACGGAAGAAACAUAAUGUGUACAUCUAAGAAGGCAGAACUUAUUCUUUGAGAGAGACCUGAGAAGCUUUCUGCCAUUUCGCUGCCAUUUUUCACAAAUUUAUCUCGUUUCUCCGACUGGGUAGUAUUUUUAAGCAAAGACGUCGGUUACUACUUAAAGCCGAUAAAUAACUUAUUAAUCCUCUCUUUUCACUCUCUUAAUUACUUCGGUUGACAGUGAAGAAAUGUAAAAUGGUUUCCGUGUUUUCAUAGCCUGAUGUAAACACGCGGGAGGUUGGGAGAACACGAGAUAAGCGUAAGAAACCACGACGCGAAGCGGAGUGGUUUCCAGCUUAUAUUUGAAUUCUCUCAGACAAUUUGUUCGUCGUGAGAGUGUACUACAAAUACGCUCUCGAUGGGUCUUUCCAGGUCCGUUCAAUGUGGACAUUUGUACCGUAAACUGGACAGCAGAAACUAAGGAAAUUCAACGAGAAAAAGCCGCAUUAAAUCCCCUUGUGUCUAGUUGAAGUGUCUCAUUCGAAUUUAGUUUUAAUAGAGGAAAUACCAGAUUUAGGAUUUAAAGGUGCACAUGCGCUUUUUUAUCUUACGCGCUCUCUAAUUGACAGGUGUCAGACUGUGGCAGAUACUUGUAAAAAUAAUGUUUCAAAGUUCGUUUGGAGCCUUUUAAAUCACCUUUAUCCUUACGCAAAAGCCUCUCUUUAAUUUGCAUCACCUCUAUUUUAACUAUCUAUAGCUUAAAUUACUCGCUUAAUAUUUGUUUAGUUUAUGAAAGAUCUUGCCGUAAUUACAGCCCUAAAUCAUUCGGGUUAUUUUGAAAAGAAUUUUGUUGAGUUUAAAAACAUAUUAAAAAUGUUAUUCACCAGCCAAGGUCGAUCUGUAAAGCGAAAAACUUUGCCCUCUUUCAAGACCUCCGGCAAAGAUUUUCCCAAUACGGACCUACCGGCUGGCGAAUAACGUGUAUUUUAACGAAUUGUGCCGUAUUUUGACGAGCCCGUAUGACGAGUCAAAAUACAAACAACGAUUUAAAAUACUCAGCGAUAAUACACAGCAAAACGUCUAAUAAGAUAUGUAUUAUCCAACUGUUUUUUUUCUGCUAUGUAUUUCUGCUCAUUUCUCAUAAGGGGGGAAAAGCAAAGCGGAUAAAGAAGCGUAGCGCGCGCAGCCGACUGGUUAAACAGGCAUUUUUACAGUAGAAAAUAACAAAGUGACCAAAUAAACGUACAAUAUUGCAAGUAAUGUGUACUCUUUUCGCGCGAUAUUUGUUCUCUAGUAAGUGCUGUACACGUAGGUACACGACAGCGCUGUUGAGUAAUGGCUUCCGUAUCAUGAGUCCGGAAAUGACUGACUGGCACAAGAACCAAAAUUCCUCUAACAGUAGCUUUCUUUUAAAAGGUAAAUCAGUUCUGGUUGUUGAUCGUGGAUAAAUGGUACGAUAAUGAAGUGUUCACUUAUCAAAUAAUCGCGGGACUGCAAGUGAUCCUGGAAUUGUAAGUGAUCCCCAAGGCUGGACCGCUACUUUUGCAACUUUUUGCAUGGCUAGAUCGCCAUCGUAAUUCUUUUCUUAAUUUCGGUAACUUUCGUGAUAUCUCUCGAUUUUCCAGUCUUGUGGGUCUGUAUUAGCUGGAACUUUCUACGGAUAGAUCCUUUGUAAAAUGAAUAACAGAUGAGUAAGAAAAGUCACGACAGAAGUGCGUUAGAUACUAACCGCUGAUUGACCGCAAAAAAUGCAAUGCCACAAAAUGUUUGCGCAAGUAGGAAAAAGUUUUGUUGGCCGAUCGUGGAUAAAUGUCAUCAUAAUGAAGUGUAGAGUUCCGCAAAUGACCCGGACUCGCAAGUGAUCCCCAUAUAGAAGUGGACCGCUGCUGUCAUAAUUCCUUACAUGGCCAUCUCAUCUUUUAAGUUGGGUCACUAGGUGAGCAAAGUGACCCCCACUACAAUAUUAUCCAAUAUGAGCCCAUGCCAUUCGCCAAACAGUUUACAACAAGAACCAAUAUCCAGGUAUGAUCACUAUAUUAAAUAUGCCAAGGUGACGGUCGAGUUAAAUUUCUAAAUAAUUCAAAUGUGGUUUGUUAAUUUGUGCCGCUUUCUUCGGGUUGCGUUCACCAUUCGCGCUCUCGAAAGCGACCGUAGCACUUGUGCAAUUGUUAAAGAGACCGCGAUGUUGCAUAAGUAGUUGAAAAAUGAAUGUGUUUGUGAGCACUAUACCAUGUACUUACAUGGAAAUGGUCAAAUACACUAAGUAUUCUUCAGUGACUUAUUAUAUUUGUAUUGUUUGGGCGGUUUCAGUGCUAAAUAUCUUGCUAUCCUUCGACAGACUUGCACGUACUCAUCACAAGGUCUCGAAAAGGUGCCUUGCUAUUCUGUCAAUUUGAUUGUAUUAAAAAUUUACCCAGUCUUUAGAAUUUUAUUUCCUGGUGAAAUUUCUAUUGAUGCGCGUUGUAUCUCGUUUUCCCCUCGAAACUGCAAUGUGCCCUAACAACCGCCAUGUUUUCUCCCGGAGAUCACAUGGAACAAGUGCGGCAUCCUGAUUGGUUAUAUCAUGAUUGAGCUACCUGAAAUGCAUCCAAAAUACUGCUGUCUGAUUGGGUAGGACCCACAUAAACCAUUUCCUCCCCUGAAACGUGAGUAAGCCAGAGAGCACUUAAAGAUAUAUAUCGAAGGCAUGACCUUGAUCAAUACUAAGUGCCAUUCCACCGAUAGAGUUGUGCGUUGAUUGAGAAGGAACCUUUCUUAUUAAAUCAAAGACAGGUGACAGAAGUACGUACAUAAUUCCAAAAUGCGUUGUUCGUUAAGGAACUUCGCAAAACUUACAUUCGUCAUUCUGACGGUGCAUGUCCUUGCAGGGGCAUUUUAUUCAGUAAUUUUUGAAACAAAUCGAAGUGUUAACGGUAAGUUACCAUAACAUUUGUUUCUGUUUAACUCGCACCACACCCAGUGGUCUUGUCCACUGCCGACCUGACGAACCGACAAUGCCUCCCAACGAAACGAAAAAUGAAUCAGUACUUCGCCCAUUUUUUUGACUAAGUCAAACUCAGUGCCUAAAGUGACAACCAUCCAUAGUAAAGAACUUUCUCGUUAUUCAACGCUAUCAAGAUAUUUAUCUCGCUUUCAAUUCUCCGCUAAUUUGUUUGAUUGCACUUGUAUUGUUUUGACAUUAUGUAGUAAGCCUGAAACACUCGACUUUCACAGACGGGCUUUAAAGCCAUUUCAGGGACACUUGUAAAAAAUGCCCCGUAUUCUAUUAACUCUUCUCCCUGUUUUCUAUUAGCGGUGGUGAAAGCUCUCUCUCCGAUAAGCGAAAGCGUAGAGAAAUUUAUUCAUAUUCCAAACGCCCGCCAAUCUUGUUUCUCGACCAUACUUUUCGUGUGCUUGGAACUGCAAUCGCUCUGCAAAACUGCUCGCUCAAAAUCCCAAAUUUUUAAGGCUUGUGGGUGCGAGCAGAUGAAAAUGUGAACCAUUUCUUAAAACACUUUUUCGAUUGAAGUGCUUGCUUAGACUGCUGCAUGACUGAAUAUUGGUUGCAUUCUCGGCCCACAUCGUAAAUAUAUAUUUUGACCAAUUACGAAUUUAUGCUUCUGUCUUGGUUAGGGUUAUUAGUUGAUCUCGUUAAAACAGUGUUAUUGUCCCUUUUAAUAUUUAGAUGGUGAGUCAGUCACUUCAUGUAUAUGUUAGAAAGUUAAACGUCUUCGUUAGCGUUUUUUGUUGUCACAAUAUUAAAGCAAACGUUGAGUUGUCGUUGUUGAUGUUGUUUUUGUCUGAACUGAAAUUCCAUCACUUUGUAUUUUUUGAGCUGCGCGUUUGAAACUACCGAGACAGCAAAUUAAAACUGUAAUUUCCUUUUAACUGCAUAAGCAAAACUCCAUCAUCAACAAAAUAACGCUUCUUAAAUUAAAUUUGAAAUCUAGAGUAGACAUGCAAGAGGAAGAUACGGUUGAAGUACGACUUUGCUCUGACGUACGUCAAAACAACCCCUAGCUUAACGUUAACGCGACUGUUUAAGCUAUAAUUUCGAUCAUUUUUUUUUUUGAGGUGAUAGUAGAACGGUUGCAUUUUGCAAACUCCCUUUAUCAACACCUAGAUUUCUAAUAAAUUUCAAUUGAAUUUUAACAGAUUCCCAGAAUAUCAAACAGAUGAAAAGAGAGGCACUGGUAAGUAGUUAAUUGAAAUUCAGCGAGUGGGGGUAAAUUUUCUACUCGUCAGAAUUCUUGCUAUGAGGAUGAAUCUGGUCCCAUUCUCGAUCAAAACAUGUCAUUUUUACACCCGAAGCAGACCUGCUGGUCUAUAAAAUCCAUAUCUAUUUUCAAACCUUUGGUUUUGGAAUUCAUUACGCUCUCCCGCAGAAUAUCAUUGCUUUGAAAAAAUAAAUAGUGAUUUUUAAAGUUAUCAAUUGUACUUAAAACAAUAUAAUCUUUCGGAUUUAUGUCUCUCAGUAUUUUCACACAAAUCGAAUGCGACCAAUUUUCAACUUUUCGGUUUCAUUUGCGCUCAUUUUCAAUCCAAAGUAACUCUAUAAACCUGUUUUACUGAAGUACAACAAUUCAAAAACCCUUUGCCGAGAGAAAAGACUGUUCUGGAAUAAAAUGUUUUUCCUAACUGAAAUAAAACUAUACUUAACCUCGCUGAAAUCCCGCAAUCAUUAAAACACAUGUCCAAGACAAAAAUAGACAAAGGAAAAAGUGAACGAAACUUAUCCUUAACAGAUUAAUGGCUUAGGAUUAGAGACAAGGGUCAUUCCCCGAGAGAAGAGAAAGGCCAUUUUCCGCACGACUUACCUUUUUCACACUGGGCUCAUGUCUUGAAGAGCAGUUUUGUCGAAAACAUAAUUAAAAAUUUGUUCCAAACAGAGAGUCUAUCCCAGUAGUACACAGAACGCAAGUCACACAUAAAUCUACGGUUACCUUGCUCAGAUGGCCAACGACUGACUUUCCUUUUGCUGGUUGGGAAAGCCUCCAACCGCAAUUUCGUUAAAGAAGGAGGUUUAAAAUCCUUAGGGGAAACUAGGGUUUUUUUAUUUGAAACUGCAAUCGUUCUGCAAAAACUGCCCGCUCAAGAUCCCAAAUUUUAGAGACUUGCGGGUACGAGCAGAUGAAAAUGUCAACCAUUUCUUGCCACACUUACAACCAAUUCUCUAGCUACAUGGAGUGGCAAAUGGAACGAUAUAUUCUCUCUUUGUUUUAGUUAGUGGUAUUUAAAUGUUAAACUGUAAAAAUUAUUUCUAAAGCUUAGUAACAUUUUAACCAAAACUUACCAUAGUGUCAGUUGAAUAUACCAAAAAAAUUGGCCAGAAAGUUUGGAUUUACAUUACAUGUAAGUAAUAAUGGUGCAGUAGCUGUAUAUCACGCGCGACUCCCGCAGCGUGGGUGCCGAAUUUGAGAAUUGUUCGUAUUCACCUUAAAAAAUAGUUCGAAAGAAUAAUUUUGGUUCCUUCCUUCCCAGUCUCUCUCUAUGGAAUCAAAAAUAUGACCAUGUUUAUACGUUCUCUUGGUGUCUUUAGGUAUCAUACAGUUAUCCCUGACACAUAAUUUUGUCCCCGAAGCAAGUCGCACAAAUGCGAUGAUUGCAGUGACAAAUUGGGACACAAAGACUUGUUUUGAAAGCAGUACUCACGAAUCGAUUCGUGACGAAGCCCUGUUUCAGCCAUUUAUUGCCUUAAUUGUUCCAGCCUUGUUGAGAAUGUUUAUCACCUUAAAUCAUUUUUAAUUUACCUUUUUUUCAGACCAGACUUUUAGAGGAAAGAUAUCGGCCUUGGAAUUCUUCUGCUUGUACCAAGCAAGGUAGAAGAAAACCAAUUCAAUAUGUCGUCAAACAUCACCUUAUCGUGUCUGAGCGUUACAAAACACUCUUCUGUUUCGUUCCUAAAGUAGCAUGUAGCAACUGGAAACGAAUUUUUCACGUUUUAGAUGGACAUUUCAACUCGUCGGAAGAUAUCUCCCACGAAACUUCGCAUAAUUCAGGAAAGUUACGCUUUUUGAGACAUUAUUCAAACGCUACAGUAGUAAAUCACAUGUUAAAAACAUACAAGAAGAUUGCAUUUGUUCGCGAACCUAUGGAGCGAUUUCUGUCGGCCUACCGGAGUAAAUUUGCACCAGUUGAUCCCCCUAGAAGGGGAUUUUACUACAACACCGGCCUUAACAUCAUCAAGAGGAUGCGGAAGAACUCUACAGGGUUAACUCCACAUUAUCCCACAUUUAAGGAAUUCGCAAAUUUCGCGAUUACUACGCCUGUUAGCUCUCAUGAUGAGCACUGGGAUCGUCAGCAUAAUUUAUGCGCUCCGUGUGAUAUAAAUUAUGACUUCGUUGGCUUUUAUGAUAAUAUCAAAGCAGAUGCUGACCUCGCUCUUAUGUUGAUGGGAGCUGAUGAAGAGGUUACAUUCCCAAAUAUCGAAGCUGCACCCGAAGGACAAGGAUCACAAACGAAGAUGAAGACUUUCUAUUCAGGAAUAUCACAAGAAGAAUUUACACGACUGCAGAAUAUCUACGCAAAAGACUAUGACAUUUUUGGAUUCAAAAAGCCCAGUUAUCAAGAAAUAGUGAAUCCCUGA